AUGUUAAAUAAGAUCAGACAAAAACUCCUAAGCACCAGCAGCUGCGCCGCAACCAAACUGGCGCUCGUCGUGCGCGGCGACCUCAAGAUGAGCAAAGGCAAAACGGCGGCACAGUGCGCCCAUGCCGCCGUCAUGUGUUACCAACACGCUGCACAGGGCAGCGAGGCGCAGCACGCUCUGCUGCAACGUUGGUGCCGCAUGGGGCAGCCGAAGAUUGUGCUGCGCGUGGACAGCUACGAGCAGUUGAACGGACUGCAGCUGCAAGCACAGCAAGCAGAUGUGGUAGCCGCAUUGGUGAGGGACGCCGGACGCACGCAGCUGGAGGCUGGCACAGCCACGGUGCUGGGCUUGGGACCGGCAACAGCUGCCGAACUCGAUAAACUAGUUGCUCAUUUGAAACUUUUAUAAAUAGCAUUUAAACUA